AUGGAACCACUGCCACCGCAGGAUCGGGAUUUUAAAUCCACUGCGAUGGAUUGGGAAGCGAGAGGAAAAGUUGAAGAUGGUACGUACUCUGUACAGGACCAACGGCACCUCUGGAAGAAUCUCGCUUCGUAUAUCCCAGUCCCAGCACCGGUUGUGGCAUCACCGCAUCAGCCAGCAUCCCCCACUAGGAUCUCCACUACGCAAUCAAAUCUCGACUCUCACCCACGCUCACCACCCGCACGCCGGGAUCUGUACCUGGACCUGGCUGGGUCUGCACAUGCAUCAGUCUUGGAACGUCGGAGCUCCCCGCCCGCAUAUCAAGCAGGUGGAGCGAAAGGUGGCUCGGUAUUUAGGGUUGAGAAGGAGUCAGAAGAUCGUACGUCGGCAAGAUUUCGUGACUCCGUGUCUGGUCUGGCUAAGGGCGACGGUACUAAGUACCGCUACUUCCAUUACCAUUCCAAAUCCCGGAGGAGCGAACUUUACAUCCCAAAAUCUUGGGAAUACCGAAUGCUUCGAAUUUCCACCGUCGUGGCCAUGGGACAUGCUCCCUGCAGAAUCCUCAAAAAGACUUUCACCCUGCAGGGCUCGGGAGGAGGACCCGUGGGGCAUCGCUCACUGGUCUCGCCUACGGACGAACUGACAAGCCCAUCUCGAUGCUGGAGACGGAUUCGCGAGAAGGAAACGAUGGGUAGCUCUCUCUUAUCUCAACUUGCAAGAAAAGCGCUUCUGCCACGAGCUAUCUUUGCUCCGGUGCUCCGGGCGGAGUCCUGUAUCAAAUGUCCACGCGGGCAUGUUGACAGGCGGACAGCCGAGCCGGCGCUUCGUCCUCUUUGCAGUACGGGCGAAGAUCAUAGGUUGGCCGUGUCGUUAAAGUGGCGUAGGGGGAGAGAGUCAGUCCCGAGAGCCAUGUUCCGUGCAGCAAAAUACUGGUUCGACUACGAUGCAAAUACCGGCCGACUUCGAACAUCGCCGAUUUGUCCUACCGCCGGCGGUGUACUUGAGAAGAAGAAGAAAAAGGAUCCCGAAAUCAUCACCGGUAUCUCGUAUCCGUAUCCAAAUCCAAAUUCAAAAGGAUCUUCUUCAAGAUACAAUUACUAUAUCCCGCCAACUCUCCAAAAACAACAACGCAAAAGCCAGCGCCAGCGCCUCCGAACCUAUCCCCCUGGACUUCAACCGGACUCCACACAGCCCAGUCUUACAGCUACCACCACAGUACAGGCCCAGGUGUCACAGCCUGAGGUUCGAAAAUUCAGUUCAAAUUACACAAACCAAAAUCAAGGCCGGGCCAAGCUGCUCGGUCCGCUUGACCACCCAACUGCCGCCGCCCUCGUUUUCCUAAAUUCAAAGGCCGUUAUACAACUAGUAGUAGUUAUGCUACUAUUAGUACUUGUUAUACUAGCAGUAUUACAAUCGAAGUACCCGGUUUGGCCGGGGCGCCGCAGAACCACAACUACACUACACUACGACUAG